ACACACACACACACAAAAAGAGAGUGAAAUUUUGCUAUUGGUAGAUUCCUCCCCUGACCACGGAGCAGCGAACCACUCCCAAAACGCCACCAAAACCCUCCUCUCCCCACCUCCGCCGCCGCCGACAUGGCCGUCGUCCACCGCCUCCUCCGCCGCGGCCUCUCCGCCGCCUCUCCCCUCCCCUCUCUUCAGGAGCUCGGGAGGCGUCCGGCGAGCUCGUCGGCGGCGGCGGCGGGGGACGCGGCGGCUGAGCUGCGGGGCGCGCGGGAGGACGUCAAGCAGCUGCUCAAGUCCACCUCCUGCCAUCCCAUCCUGGUUCGGUUAGGGUGGCAUGAUGCUGGUACUUAUGACAAGAACAUUACUGAAUGGCCAAAGUGUGGUGGUGCCAAUGGUAGCUUGAGAUUCGAAAUUGAGUUAAAACAUGCGGCUAAUGCAGGUCUUGUGAAUGCUUUGAAGCUGAUCCAGCCCAUCAAAGACAAGCAUGCAGGUGUCACUUAUGCAGAUCUGUUUCAGCUCGCCAGUGCUACAGCCAUUGAGGAAGCCGGUGGCCCCAAGAUCCCCAUGAUCUAUGGAAGGGUUGAUGUUGCUGCCCCUGAACAAUGCCCGCCAGAGGGGAGACUUCCUGCUGCUGGCCCUCCUUCACCUGCGGAACAUCUACGAGAAGUAUUCUAUAGAAUGGGCCUGAGUGACAAGGAAAUUGUUGCAUUGUCAGGAGCUCAUACACUUGGACGAUCUAGACCAGAGCGCAGUGGAUGGGGCAAACCAGAAACUAAAUACACUAAAAACGGACCUGGUGCACCUGGAGGGCAAUCUUGGACAUCACAGUGGCUGAAGUUUGAUAAUAGCUACUUCAAGGACAUCAAAGAACGCCGAGAUGAGGACCUUCUAGUUCUGCCUACUGAUGCUGUGCUCUUUGAGGACUCAUCAUUCAAGAUCUAUGCUGAAAAGUACGCCGCAGAUCAGGAUGCAUUUUUUGAAGACUAUGCUGAAGCUCAUGCCAAACUGAGCAAUCUCGGAGCAAAGUUUGAUCCUCCAAAGGGUAUUUCACUGGAAUAAGUGGCGUCUGCUGCCGAUGAGCUGCAUUUUGGCGAAUGAACAAGACGAUACCCUGUUUCUUCUUGCUACUAUAGAGCAUAUUAUGGUUUUAUUACCGAUCCAGAAAUUUAAUCCAUUGAUCGGCAAAUGUGAUGUUGGUGUUUUGUAUUGAGUUGUGCUCUCCAUUAGAAAUAAAAAUAGCGGUGGCCAUUUUCGUUUCCAGGACCAAACAUUUUGGCACAUUACAAUACAAUGUUUUAGAUGAUGUCUGCAUUGAGCUCUUACACAGGAUGAUCAAAAUAUAUGACAUAAUUUAUUACUGAAUCCUUUUGUGAUAUUUCCCAA